AGUGAACAGAGGAGAAAUUUCAGAAGAACUUCCACCCAAUUCCUCAGACACUUACCGAGCAUCUACCUUGGAGCCAAGCAUAGUUCUAAGCUCAGCUCUGAACGGACUUUUUGGAAAGUGGAGAAGAAAACCAAGUCAGCUUUUGUGGGGUGUUCGACAACCGAAUAAAUGCAGUUUCUCAACAUCAAGGAGGACUGCAAUGCCAUGGCUUUCUGUGCUAAAAUGAGGAGCUCCAAGAAGACAGAGGUGAACCUGGAGGCCCCGCAGCCCGGGGUGGCGGUGAUCUUCUACCUGCCUGACAGGGAGCCGCUCCGGCUGGGCAGCGGAGAGUACACGGCGGAGGAGCUGUGCAUCCGGGCUGCACAAGAGUGCCGUAUUUCUCCUCUGUGUUACAACCUCUUUGCCCUGUACGAUGAGAACACCAAGCUGUGGUACGCUCCGAACCGCACCAUCACUGUGGAUGACAAGACGUCCCUGCGGCUCCACUACCGGAUGAGGUUCUAUUUCACCAACUGGCAUGGGACCAACGACAAUGAGCAGUCAGUGUGGCGACAUUCUCCAAAGAAGCAGAAAAAUGGCUAUGAGAGAAAAAAAGUCCCGGAUGCUACCCCUCUCCUUGAUGCCAGUUCACUGGAGUAUCUGUUUGCUCAGGGACAGUACGAUUUGGUCAAAUGCCUGGCUCCCAUCCGGGACCCCCAGACAGAGCAGGAUGGGCAUGACAUCGAGAACGAGUGUCUGGGAAUGGCAGUCCUGGCCAUCUCACACUAUGCCAUGAUGAAGAAGAUGCAGUUGCCAGAGCUUCCCAGGGACAUCAGCUACAAGCGAUAUAUUCCAGAAACACUGAAUAAGUCCAUCCGACAGAGGAAUGUCCUUACCAGGUUGCGAAUCAACAACGUUUUCAAGGAUUUCCUAAAGGAAUUUAACAACAAGACCAUCUGCGACAGCAGCGUGUCCACGCACGACCUGAAGGUGAAAUACUUGGCGACGUUGGAGACGUUGACGAAGCAUUACGGUGCUGAGCUCUUUGAGACCGCCAUGCUACUGAUCUCAUCAGAAAAUGAGGUGAUGAAUCGGUUUCAUUCCAACGACAGUGGAAACUUUCUCUGCUAUGAAGUGAUGGUGACUGGAAACCUCGGGAUCCAGUGGCGGCAGAAGCCAAUCGUUCUUCCUGUUGAGAAGGAAAAAAACAAGCUGAAGCGGAAAAAACUGGAUCACAAAUACAAGAAGGAUGAGGAGAAAAAUAAAAUCCGGGACGAGUGGAACAAUUUUUCUUACUUUCCUGAAAUUACUCACAUUGUAAUAAAAGAGUCUGCGGUCAGCAUUAACAAGCAGGACAACAAAAAGAUGGAACUGAAGCUCUCUUCCCACGAGGAGGCCUUGUCCUUUGUGUCUCUGGUCGACGGCUACUUCCGGCUCACAGCAGAUGCUCAUCAUUACCUCUGCACCGAUGUGGCUCCCCCGUUGAUCGUCCACAACAUACAGAACGGGUGUCACGGCCCAAUCAGCACAGAAUACGCCAUCAACAAAUUGCGGCAAGAAGGAAGCGAGGAGGGCAUGUACGUGCUGAGGUGGAGCUGCACCGACUUCGACAACAUCCUCAUGACCGUCACCUGCUUUGAAAAGUCUGAGCAGGUGCUGGGCGGCCAGAAGCAGUUCAAGAACUUCCAGAUCGAGGUGCAGAAGGGGCAGUACAGCCUGCACGGCUCGGCGCACAGCUUCCCCAGCCUGGGGGAGCUCAUGGGCCACCUCAAGAAGCAGAUCCUGCGCACGGACAACAUCAGCUUCGUGCUGAAGCGCUGCUGCCAGCCCAAGCCCCGAGAAAUCUCAAAUCUGCUGGUGGCUACCAAGAAGGCUCAGGAGUGGCAGCCCGUCUACCCCAUGAGCCAACUGAGUUUCGACCGGAUCCUCAAGAAAGAUAUUAUACAAGGUGAGCACCUCGGGAGAGGCACACGGACACACAUUUACUCAGGGACCCUGCUGGAUUACAAGGAUGAGGAGGGGAUUUCCGAAGAGAAGAGAAUCAAAGUGAUCCUCAAAGUCUUGGACCCCAGCCACAGGGACAUUUCUCUGGCCUUCUUCGAGGCAGCCAGCAUGAUGAGACAGGUCUCCCACAAGCACAUCGUGUACCUCUAUGGCGUCUGUGUCCGAGAUGUGGAGAAUAUCAUGGUGGAAGAGUUUGUGGAGGGGGGACCCCUGGAUCUCUUCAUGCACCGGAAAAGUGAUGCCCUCACCACACCAUGGAAGUUCAAAGUUGCCAAACAGCUAGCCAGCGCCCUGAGUUACUUGGAGGAUAAAGACCUGGUCCAUGGAAACGUGUGCACGAAAAACCUGCUCCUGGCCCGUGAAGGCAUCGACAGCGAGUACGGUCCAUUCAUCAAGCUCAGUGACCCCGGCAUCCCCAUCACUGUCCUGACCCGGCAAGAGUGCAUAGAACGAAUCCCGUGGAUUGCGCCCGAGUGUGUUGAAGACUCCAAGAACCUGAGCGUGGCCGCUGACAAGUGGAGCUUCGGAACCACCCUGUGGGAAAUCUGCUACAACGGCGAGAUCCCCCUGAAAGACAAGACGCUGAUUGAGAAAGAGCGAUUCUACGAGAGCCGGUGCAGACCAGUGACCCCAUCCUGCAAGGAGCUGGCCGACCUGAUGACGCGCUGCAUGAACUACGACCCCAGCCAGAGACCGUUCUUCCGAGCCAUCAUGAGAGACAUUAACAAGCUUGAGGAGCAGAAUCCAGACAUUGUUUCAGAACGAAAACCAGCAACUGAAGUGGAUCCCACACAUUUUGAAAAGCGAUUCCUAAAGCGGAUCCGUGACUUGGGAGAGGGCCACUUCGGGAAGGUUGAGCUCUGCAGGUAUGACCCCGAGGGGGACAAUACUGGAGAGCAGGUGGCUGUCAAAUCCCUGAAGCCCGAGAGUGGAGGCAACCACAUUGCUGACCUAAAGAAAGAAAUUGAAAUCUUAAGGAACCUCUACCAUGAGAACAUCGUGAAGUACAAAGGCAUCUGCACAGAAGACGGAGGAAACGGUAUUAAGCUCAUCAUGGAAUUUCUGCCAUCUGGAAGCCUUAAGGAGUAUCUUCCCAAGAAUAAGAACAAAAUCAACCUUAAACAGCAGCUAAAAUAUGCUGUGCAGAUUUGCAAGGGGAUGGACUACCUGGGUUCCCGCCAGUAUGUGCACCGGGAUUUAGCGGCAAGAAAUGUCCUUGUUGAGAGUGAGCACCAAGUGAAGAUCGGAGACUUUGGUUUGACCAAAGCAAUAGAAACUGACAAGGAGUACUACACGGUCAAGGAUGAUCGGGACAGCCCCGUGUUUUGGUAUGCUCCAGAAUGUUUAAUUCAGUGUAAAUUUUACAUCGCCUCUGACGUCUGGUCCUUCGGCGUGACCCUGCACGAGCUGCUGACGUACUGUGACUCGGACUCCAGUCCCAUGGCGUUGUUCCUGAAAAUGAUCGGCCCAACUCACGGCCAGAUGACUGUAACGAGACUUGUGAAUACAUUGAAAGAAGGAAAACGUCUGCCGUGCCCACCGAACUGCCCAGAUCAGGUUUAUCAGCUGAUGAGGAAAUGCUGGGAAUUCCAGCCAUCCAGUCGGACAACCUUUCAGAACCUUAUUGAAGGAUUUGAAGCACUUUUAAAACAGGAAGCAUGAAUAGCAUUCACAUUUGUUUAUUGAGGUCCGCAUGUCCCGUCCUCCCCACUCUCCGCGCCCCACCCCCCCAAACACACACGACAUUUAAAGAAAAGGGGGGGGGGGACGACGACAUUUGUUUGGUUUACAAACUCAACAAAGACAUGAGUGUGUGUCCAUUAGAAAAAGGGCAGUGUGGUGCUUACUGUGCGAAAAGCCUGCCCCUCGAAAUUUGGCCCCAAGUACUUCGUGGAAAGUGACAGCUGAAAUACUAGCAAGCGCUUCAGCACGCCUCCAUUCAGAAGGAACGCGUGACCGGUGCAUGUGGCAGUUCACCGUCGCCCAGUCACCUAACCAAAUGGGAGUUGUGGCUCCCUCCCAAAGAGGGCUCUGACCAAAACAGUGUCUCAGAAUGCUUGUCUUUCCCCAGCUGCCAGGUGAUCGGAAAUGUUUUUCUGGUACAUCACAUUCAAGCCAGAGAUUGAUAGACUUAGCUGGUACUCUCACUGCGUCAUCCAGUUUCAGCAUCUGUACGGUGACAGACGAAGCAUUCUUGAAAUACUAGACACCAGUUAGCAUAUUACUGUUUCUAUACCCAGACGAGUGUAUCCCUGCCACCAGUAGGACUUAAACUUUGAAGUGUUUCUCCAGUGGCUUAGCUCCUGCCCGCCUGGGUGACUCACGGUACCCAUUUCUGAGAAAACUGUUCUUUCCCACCAGGGGACAGCUGUGGAAUAGACACUGUGCUGCAUGACAUGAAUUUCUGAGAUCUAAGCCUAUGCCCGAGCUUUCCUAACCCAGAUCCCUUUUAUCUGGACUGAUCCCGGAACCCGGAUGCUCUUGUACAGGCUCUGAAGAAAUGCCAGUGCGUGUGCUUUCACAGCUCUGCUGGAUGCUGUCUGCAGCCCGCCAGAACGUAGACCUUGUCUGCUGCACUGUUCUUGGAGUAUUUCAAAACAUACCUUCCAUCUAAUAAGACUGGAUUGCUAUUUUGACCAUCACCCUAGGACACAAAACUUGAAAGUAAAGGCCCUGCUGGAAGCACUGUAGGGUCAGGAGCCAAAAAACAACUUUUGUGGUUAGCUAGGGAAAUCGUAAGUGGUUAGUUUCUGAUUCAACGUGAACCAUACAGAUCUUGAUGACCAAGAGCCGUAAAAACCUGCUGUUAAUGCUGUCUAGGUCUGCUCAGUGUGACCACUUCUCCCCUUCAGCCUGGAAGAGUUGUCCGACUGGAUUCAAUGACAGCCGCCACGUAAGCUUUUUUGAUAACCCUGCCCCACCAAGGUCUCUGUUUAUGUCAAUCCUGUGGCCACUCUAGAUGCACUUUGUUUACUCUUUAUACAAAUAAAUAUACUAAAGACUUCA